ACAGUGACCAUCAAGGUACAGUGACCAUCGAGGUACAGUGACCAUCAGGACCAAAUCACGAAAGAAAAUGUCUGAGCCACCUAACACACCUGUGACAAAGGGCCCACCCGACUCCGUCUACGGGACCCCCAGCUCCCAAAUGGGGGGUUCGCCAGCCACUGUCUUUGCAACCCCCAGCUCCCAACCGGGGGGUUCGCCAACCACUGUCUUUGCAACCCCCAGCUCCCAAAUGGGGGGUUCGCCAACGACAGUCUACGCCACGCCCGGCUCACGACUCAAAUCAAGCUCAGAUUCCGUCUUUAAUGACGACACCUUGGUGGGGAGCCCUGCCCCAGGCUUCGCUGCCAGCACCCCCAAGACUUCCAAGACCGGCUCCCCUGGGUGGCCCAUGCCGCCCACAAAGAUCAACGUGACGCCCAGAAACAAGACCCUGACGGUCAGCGCCAUACGGGCGCGGGCCUUCAGCUUUCCCAGGAGGGUGUCCGGCGACCUUGACAUUCCGUACCACUGGUCGUACGACAGUGAGGACAGUUCGGACUACAUCGCCAGGUUCUCCACCCCCGUCAAGUACGACCCGCUGACCCGCAUGACGGAAGCGGAAAAGAAGACUCUCCUGAAGUCUUGGCACAGUCUAGUUGGGCAGACGCCGGAGGAGUUUGCAUUCAAAGGAGAACAAUUCGGCAUCGACUUUUUGCACUGGAUGUUUGACAACGUCCCCAACAUGAAGAAAACUUUCAAGCACAGGUUCGAUCCCUUCCGACCCAAACCCGCCCUCAGUGCCGACCCUGAGUUCCAGAACCACAGCAAGACGCUGGUCACGUGGUUAGAGUCCAUGAUCACGCUGCUGUUUGAGCCGACCAAGUUCCGUCAGCAGGCCGCGCACAUCGCUAACGUGCAUCUCAGCAUGCCGGGCAGGGUCGGGAUGGCGUACUUCGGGCCAAUGGAGGAUAAGUUCCCCGCCUUCAUGGCUUGUACCCUCGGCAAGAAAACCAACGACCCUGAGGUGCGCCUGUGGAACCGCUUCAUGGGACUCAUCGUGGUCGAGGUAGAGAAGUCUGAGCGCUACCUCAACAGUGAGAAGUGCUGUUCGGUUCAGUAGCGGUCCGCGGGCCAUUCAGGCCAUACUAUGUCAGCUCGCUUAAAUUAAUGCAUCACAAUGUUACCAGUGGUGAA